AUGUCGUUGGUUGGUGCUGUGUUUGUCAUCGUGUGGCGGUUGGUGUUUAAGGAGACAAAGGAGAAGAAUAAGAUACAGUCUAUCAUGUUGAUACAUUUGGCCGGGUCUGAUGGACUGAUGGGUAUCUACCUUAUCAUAAUAGGUGUAAUGGAUGCCAUUUGGGCAGGGCAGUAUUUCUUGCAUGACUAUAACUGGCGUUCAAGUUUGUCAUGUCAGAUAACAGGUGCCAUUGCCGUGUUGUCAAGUGAGGUGUCUGUUAUGACGAUUUGUUUGAUAUCCGCCGACCGGGUUAAGAAUAUUCUGUUCCCCUAUCGUGGAAAGUCCCUUACAAUCAAGGUUACGCACCUUCUGUGUUUCCUUAUCUGGAUUGUUGGUGGUUUAAUUGCAUUUAUUCCCACGGUGGGUAUCGAAUACUUUGGUAGUCGCAAAAAAGGUCACCACUUUUAUGGCAGAUCAGUUGUAUGUCUCCCAUUGCAGCUUUCUGCUGAUAAGCCCUCAGGCUGGGAGUACUCUGUUGCCAUGUUUGUUGGUUUAAACUUUGCUCUUGUGUUCUUCAUCAUUGUGGCCUAUUGCAUGAUUAUCUACAAAUCCUGCACAUCAAACAGGCGUCUGGCUCAGCAAGGGACCAAAAGAGAGAGGAAAAUGAAAGCCAAGCAAAGGGCAGCCGACCUGAGGAGGGAGGCCUCGCUCGCCAAAAGAGUGUUGUUCAUUGUUCUUACCGAUUGUGUCUGCUGGCUGCCCAUUGUGGUUAUUGGAAUGAGGUCUCUCUUGGAAAAAUCCUUCCGUACACCUGGUGACCUGGCAGUUUGGAUCGCAGUCUUUGUUCUGUCGGUUAACUCUGCCAUCAAUCCCAUUCUCUACACUUUAUCAACAAAACAGAACAAUGAAGGUCAAGAUGAGGGCAUGGAAAUGCAAGUCAUCGAAGAAGGUUCUGCUGAGUUAAUUGCUCAGCUUCAGCAGAUGCAACUCGAUGCAAGCAAAGUCAAUGACAAGACAGACCUAAAAAAUGAGUUGAAGAAAAUUUCUUCAGACAAGGGCUUCAGAAUUGUUGACAAUGACGGAUCAGGAAAUUGCAUGUUCUAUGCUUUGUCAGAUCAACUGGAAAUUGCUAUGAGAAUCAAGAUCAAGCAUGACGAAUUAAGACAAAUGUUGGUCCAGUACCUCCGAAAAAACCCGGAGCUAGUAACUCAACAUCAGGGAAUGGAAAUGAGAGUUAUCGAAAAAGUACAAAAUCAAGAAGAAACGGGGAGCGCAGACGAUAGUGAGGACGAAUCGCAAGAAGAACAAGGAGAGGGUGAGCAACAUGCAGGUUCAGGCCAAGAGAAUGAGGAACCCACUGAACCUCAGCAAACUGAACCUGAACAAGGCCAAGAACCAAAACAAGGCCAAGACGAAGCUACUGAACAACGGCAAGUUGAACGAGAACAAGACGAAGAACCAAAACAAGGUCAAAAGGAAGCCAAUGAACAGGAGCAAGUUCAAUCUAAACGAGACGAAGAACCAAAAGAUGACAACAAAGCACCCACUACAAAGCAGGAAGUUGAACCAGAUCAAUCAAAGGGAAACGAAGAUGUAUGUGAACAGCAGCCAAAAGAAGAAGAGCUGAAAGAAGACCAUGAAAAACCUGGGCGGGAGCAAGCCGAAACUGCGGAAGAAGAGCCAAAGAGGGACAACCAGGAAUUCAAACAGCAGCGCACUCAACAAGAAGAGAAAAAAGAACUUAAAGCCGACCAUGGGCUAAAGGGUGGUGCUAAAGAAGACGAAAAGUCCAAAGGAAAUCAAAAGGAAGGUGAACAGCGACAAGAAGAAAAUGAGGAAGAUGAACAAGAACAAGGAAAGAAAUAUGAAAAAACUGAAGAGCAGCGAGUUGAUUGUGAUCGAGAGGAGCGAGAAAAAGUCCAUAAUGAUCCUAAACAUGAAGAAAAUGUACGAGAGAAACCAAGAGGAAGGUAUGAGGAACUCAACCAAGAGCAACUAUGUGACGAAACUUCAAAGCGAGGCAAUGAGGACCCCCAACAACGGUGUAAGAAGUCUAUGGAAAAUGAGUCACCACGACACCAGCAGCUGAUUAUGGACGAAGAACAAGAUGAAGAAGAUGAUAUGGUGCUGGACACACAUUUGUAACUGGUAGCACUGACUUAUCAAGUCCUUUUAGUUCUAAUCAUUGCGAUAGAAGUAGAAAGAUUGCAUACCGUUAUGUCAUAAAAAUAAUACAUUUACUUAAUCAAAAACACUUUCAGAGCCAGAUAAGAUAAGAAAAGUUUCAAAGCAACUAGUGCGAACCUGGCAUGUUUGCAUUCAUUGAUUGAUCGUCCAGGUUGUCCGAAAGGGAGUGAGUGUGGUAUGCCGAAUAAGAUCUCUUGAAGGCAUGCUUACGGUUUUAUCGUGCUCCAGUGUUGUCAGAAGUUUCAAUAACUUAUUUUAUUUCAAUAUUAUUAGGUUUACAAGUACUUACAGACACGACUUAGCUAUUAACUCAGCAUUCAGUUGCAUACAUUACUCAUUAUUGACUUCAGCCCUAGUGUAUUAUUUUCUAGGUGGCUUCUUUGUUAUGACCAUGUUAAGCCACUAAUCGUAUUUACACGUGUAUUGAAUGCACAGGUCAGAUAAUGCAUGUUCAUCAGUCUGUCUCAUUUACUUACAAUUGUUGUUAAUGUAUGACUUAAGUUGAUUUUGUAGGGGCUUGAACAAAAAUGACAAAACAAAUGUAUUG